GCCAGGCUGGACGGGGCUUGGGGCAACCUGGGCUAGUGGAAUGGACAGGGUGGGACUGGAUGAGCUGUGAGCUCCCUUCCAACGCAAAGCACCCUGUGAUUCUGCGGGCAAUAAAAGGUGGAAAGAAGAAGGCGGAAAGCCUGGAGCAGCCUCGGCUCGGAGGAGAAGCCGCGGGCAGGGCUCGGCCCCCCCGGGCCGUGUCCAAGCACUUACAUCAAGAUGUGGGCAGACACCCAGAGAGAGCUGGACACCAUGCUCCAGAGAGAGAGGGAGGAGUUCCUCCAGCCACAGGAGGACCGUGAGAAAGUGAUGAAGAUGUUGGCCACUGCCUACGUCCAAUACCUGGAAAUCUUCCGGAAGCUGGAGGAGGCCCAUGACCACCUCAUCCACCAGCAGAAGCGGGCGGCGGUUCGGCAGGUGCUGGACGGGGUCAUGGGCCGCAUCCUGGAGAUCAAGAAAGAGAUGGUGGCCCUGGAGAACUCCGAGUGUCACUCCAUGGAUGGCAUCCUGAUGGAGCUACAGCGUGUCCCGGAAGACAUAGAAAUCCCCAUCCCAAAGUAUUUCAUUAAAGAAAACCUGGGAAUCCUGCAGGACAGGGAGAAAUACCUGCACGAGAUUUUGCUGAAUGCUGGUUUGCUGGAACAGGAACCUGUCACGGCCAUGACACUUGAGGAAGGCAUUAAAGUGAUCCAGGUGGCAGAACGGGCUCGCCAGGGCCGCGCCCGAGCAGCGUUCAUGAAGAGAAUUUACCUUGAAGAGAAAAGACAAAGUAAAAAAGAGGAGCAAGAGACAGGUAAAAGUCCAGAAGAUGCUGCCACUUGCAUUCAAAAGGUCUGGCGUGGGCACCGGCAGCGCAAGAAAACAGAGAAGCUGAGAGAGGAGGAAAUGAUAUUUCUGGGCAUGAGUCUGCCUCCUGACUUGGAGGCAAUGAGCAGUUUGCAGAAAGAAAAUGUCCUGCAAGGUGAAGUCCAGGAAAGAGAAGACUUCUCCUUCAGGCACGAGCUGAGGAGAACAGAGGGGCCCCACAUCAAGGAAACCCUCCAGGACCAGAUCACCCAGUGCUUCCUCGAGUGCAGGCAUAUCACAGGCAGGUUUCCUGACUAUCCCCCAGAGAAGACAGGUGGUUCCAAGGCUAUUUUUAUUGAAAAACAUCCAGAGCAGGUCCUUGAAGAGCUGGCUGCCAAAAAGGCAGAGGCAGAGAAAAAAGAAAAGGAGAAGAAUGGAAAAAAGGACAAGGAAACUGUGAAAAAGCCAAGUGAAAAAAAGCCACCAAAAGUUGGAAAGCAGGUAGUGGAUGAAAGCUGGAAAAUGGGUCCAAGCAAUUUCCUUUUGAUGCUGGAGGAAGGAAGCUCUCAGUACCAAGUCUUUUGGGAGAACAGAGAUAACAGAUUGGAUUUUCUCCAGGAUCAUGACCCAGAGCUGAUCAAAGGAGAGGAACGGGAGGAAGUGGAGGAAGAGAUCAGAGUGCAGGUGGAUGAAGUGAUGCAGCAGAAGCUGCUGAGAGUCAAACAGGCUGUGGAUGGAGAGACAGGUCCUCAGGGCAAAGCUGGGAAAGACAAGGGAGAAAAGACACCUGGGAAGAAAAAAAUACCCGAGCUGGAGAGAGAUCUGACACCUGACAGGACCAUUGAAUCCCUGUACCAGGAACUUGCAGAAGAAGGAUUGCUCAUCCAAGUCAAGAAUGUGAAUCUCUCUGACUACAUUGGCUACUACGACUGUCUGAGGAGCAUCCUUCGGGAGACAGGUGCCCAGCCCAUGCCCUCCAUCCCAGAAGUCAGACAGCUCGUGGCACUCUAUGGAAUAUUGCCCUUGGGUUCCCAAACUGUCCAUGAGAAUGCUCCUCUGGUGAAAUCCCUGUUGCUGGCAGGACCCGCUGGUGUUGGUAAGAAAAUGCUGGUCCAUGCCAUCUGCACAGAAACAGGAGCCAACCUCUUCAACCUCACUCCUUCCAGCACUGGGAAGUAUCCAGGCAGGGAUGGCCUGAUCAUGAUGCUUCACAUGAUUCUCAAGGUGGGCAAGGAAUUGCAGCCUUCAGUCGUGUGGAUUGGAGACACAGAGAGAGUAUUUUCCAAAGGGGCACCCAAGGGAGAAGAAGAGGUGAACUUCAAGCGCCUGGCAAAGGUGCUGCCCCUGUUCCUGAGGGCUCUGAAACCCAAGGACAGGGUUCUGCUCGUGGGCACCUCCAGCAGGCCCUUCGAUGCCAAUCUGGGACCUUUCUGCAAAGUUUACCAGAAGAUCAUUCUCAUCCCGAAGCCUGACUACCUGACAAGAUUUGCACUGUGGAAGCACUACAUCCUGCAGCGUGGUGGGGCCCUCACCAGGCUGGUGAACCUCAACUGCCUGGCCCAGGUGUCGGAUGGCUUCACCCAGGGACACGUUGUGGACGUGGUGCACGCUGUGCUGACUGAGCUGAGGCUGCUGCAGAUGGCCAGGAAGCCACUGAGGACUGCUGAGUUUGUCACUUCUCUGGCCAGACACGAGCCAGUGUACAAAGAGGAGGAAGAAACGUUCCAGGCCUGGUAUGCCAAGACCCCGCUGGGGAAAGCAUGGAGCACAGCACAGGCAGCAAAGGAAGAAGAAAAAGAAAAAGGAAAGAAGGGAAAAGGAAAAGGGAAAAAGUAACUUCCUCAAGGAUUUUUCACCUGGCCAUACCAGUCACAACUCUAUUUCUCUGUGAAGGCAUGGCAGAUUAAUGUUAAAGGUAUUCCAGGGAAGAGAAUUCCUCUCCAAAUGAAUUUUCUAAAGUAAAAAAAAAAUUUUAAAAAAAAUCAGAUGAGAUGUAACAUGUAGCUCUCAGAGGAUAAAGAGUUAAUGACCACUGACUUGCUCAAGCAUUAUUUAUUCUAAGAGAUUUUAGGGGGCAGAAGGGUUCAUUACUCAGGCCUGUAACAUGCCAUCAACUUUUAGGCCAUACUCAUUUAUUUCAGCAAGUAACUCUACUUAAAAAUUGAUGUCACUUUAAAGUCUUUCAUUACUUUAAUAUCCUAUAUGCUUUAUAAAACUAACUGCUUUAUGUAUCUGUGGGUCUAAAGCGUUACAGUCCUCAAUAAAACUACUACAGCUCUAAAGACUGCUUUUUAAUUGGGAUGGAUUAGGAGGCACUUGGUGCAAUCCACCACAAGCUGAAUAUUUACACAGCUGCAGGAGGAACAGCACUUGCACCUUUUGAGGCCUCAGCACAGACAAAUUCAUAUACGUGAGUAUCAGGAGGAAGCAGGGCAGCCAGGUGGUAAUUUGGGUGGAUAUGCAGCAAAAUCUGGUUUUAAUCUAUUUUGCCAUAGAAAAUCAUGCCUAAUUUGCUUGUUUGCACAAACAGCAACGUGUUUGUUGCUUAAUGCACCUCGUUUACUUACAAAUCUGCAAUUUUGAGGGCAAAGGAUUUAUAAGGACACGCUAGAGCUCUGGGACACCCUACAGGACACUGAUGGAGGCAGCACCACCCUCGUGUCAGGCACUGGAUCACAUUCACCAAGACCUUCUCUAAGUGAGAGCCACGAACACCUGUUCUUCCCUCUGAUCACGGAAUUCCUGUGUGGACUUGACAACAGGUACCUGGAAAUACAGAGCCCACCAUCCCCGGGGAGCUGAGGAACCUCUCUGUGCCUGCAUCAACAGCCUGGGAGGAGCAAGCUGGGCAGCACUGCUGGAAAAAGCUGCUGGGAAGGGGAUGGUAUUGAGCCCCUCCUGCUCCUAAGAGGCAACCAAAUGGAAAAAGGCAUUCCUGGGAACAGGAAUGCCUGAGAAAAAAAGCCUGGGAGGAUUCCUGGGUGUAACAAACUGCACAGAAAAUGAUUCAAGCAGUUGUGUCACUGUGCACGGUGGAGGGAACUGGAUGGGUCUGGCUAAUAAAGGGGAUUUUCUCCCUGUAGGCUAUCCCAGCACAUGGGCUAGAGCCCCCCCAAUUUGGGAUUUCUGUGGUCCUUUCUGGCUGUAUUUUACAGUCUGGUCCAGGGCUCCCCAUGAUCUCACCCUUCCAACCUCAAGCCUGCACCUCCAGCCCCACCAAGGAGCGCCAAGCAAUAACAGAGGAAAUUCUUUUUCCAUCUCCCCUGUGCAACCUCUCAGGACAUUCCUGAUGGACACCAGCCCUUCCCCCAGCAAUAAUCCAGCUGCUGGAAUCUCCACAAGACCCACACUAGGGGCUACCAGCCCCUGGGUUCAAUCCAUUGCAACAUGCAGCUGCAAAUGUCAGCUUUGCACCCCUUGUUCUUUGGAGCAGGCUGUGGGUGCCCAAACUCAGCAGCACACCCCAGUUUUAGCAAAUAAGGCACUUCUAACUUCAUCCUUGGGGAGAAAAGCCAGCCUCUCCAAAGAGCUGACAGGGCUGGUGUUUAAAAACCCCUCAUCUCUGCUCUCAUGCACAAGGAAACUAAUUUGGGUAAUUCUGCCCUCAAUCUUGCCGACAGCAGAGCCCUCCUCUCCACACCAGGUCUGACAGCACGGCGUGGUGUGAUGAAAGGACCACAUUCCAGCAGGAUGUAAGCAAGCCCAUUAACUCAUAUUUCAGCAGCCUCACUGCAAUCUCAACAGCAAAGGAAAAGCAGCUGACUGGCAACAUCCAUCUCCAGGGCACAGUGCCCACCCCAGUGCAGGGAGGAUGCUGAACUUCCAC